AAACCCACGAAGAAGAAAUUGCUAGCUAGUCUCGUUAGCUAGCUAAAGUUGCUGGUUUGAUGGCGGGUUGUGGUGCUUUAGGGCAACGUGUGAAUGUCUGUGGUGAAAAGGUGUUGGGUUGAGCCCCAGAGAGAGAUUAGCAACGAGCAGAAAGUGCUGCUGAAGAAAGAUUGACGGAGUUGAAAGAAGUCUUGGUGGAGCCGGAGGAAGAGAUGGAGGAUGAGCGCAGACUGCUGGAUUUCAGCCGGAUCCCCCUGAUAAUCUUACAGCGAAUAGACCACCAAAAAUAUUACGUGUGUAAAGAUGAGGGGGUUCACACUGAGCUCAGGAACCAGGAAGGAAACUCUACUUUAGAUCAAGAGGAACCAAAACGUUUUCAGAUAAAGGAGGAGAAAGAGGAAAAAGAACAUCAACAGUUUAAAGAAGAAGAGAGGCAACUCUGCAUCAGUCAGGCUGAAAAGCAACUGGUGCUGAAACAGGAGACUGAUAACAUUUUAAUUGUUCCUUCUAACGUGCAAAGACUCCCCAAUGAAACAGAACAGAACAGGAACCAACUCAUCUCUCCGGCCUCCCCUAAAGUUAAGAACCUGGAUCAGGAAGAAAACUUUGAGGAACCAGAAAAAAGGAGAGAAGAGCUGAAGCAAAAUGAAAGAUGCAAGAAAACCAAACAGCAGACAGGAACUGUUGAGAUAUCAAAACAAAAAACAAACAUGAAAACUCUCCCUGACCAAAAUCUAUCUUCCUGUAAAAUUGGUUAUACAAACUUUUCUCAAAAAAGUCACUUGGGUACAUAUGUGAGAAAAGAUGAGGCGAAGAAGCCUUUCUCUUGUAUGAGCUGUGGAAAAAAGUUUACCAACAGAAGCAGUUUGAAAAUUCACAUGACAACUCACACUGGUGAAAAACCUUUCAGUUGUGAGACCUGUGAAAAAAGUUUUAUUUUGAAAAGCCUUUUAAAAGUUCACAUUAGAACUCACACAGGUGAGAGGCCUUUCAAAUGUGAGACCUGUGGAAAGAGUUUUACAACCAAACAUUAUUUGACACGUCACACAAGAACUCACAAAGGUGAGAAGCCUUUCUCAUGUGAAACCUGUGGAAAAAGUUACUGUGAUAAAAGUAGUUUAAGUUAUCAUGUGAAAACUCACACAGGUGAGAAACCUUUCCCUUGUUCGGCCUGUGGAAAGAGUUACAGUAAUAUAAAAUGUUUAACUUAUCAUGUGAGAACGCACACAGGCGAGAAGCCUUUCACUUGUGAGACUUGUGAAAAAAGUUUUUUUGACAAAGGCCUUUUAAAAGUUCACAUGAGAACUCACACAGGUGAGAAGCCUUUCAUUUGUGAGACCUGUGGAAAGAGUUAUAGUAGUAGAAAUGGUUUAACUUACCAUGUGAAAACUCACACAGGCGAGAAGCCUUUCACUUGUCACACUUGUGAAAAAAGUUUUUUUGUGAAAAGCCUUUUAAAAGUUCACACGAGAACUCAUACAGGUGAGAAGCCUUUCAAAUGUGAUAUAUGUGAAAAAGGUUUUACAAAAAAAUAUGAUUUGGUACGCCACAUGAGAAGUCAUAAAGGUGAGAAGCCUUUCUCGUGUGUAAUCUGUGGAAAGAGUUUCACAACAAAAGAGCAUUUGGCACGCCACAUGAGAACUCACAGAGGUGAGAAACCUUUCACAUGUACAACCUGUGGAAAGAGUUACAGUGAUAGAAGAAGUUUAACUUAUCACAUAAGAACUCACACAGGAGAGAAGCCUUUCUCAUGUGUGACCUGUGGAAAGAGUUACAGGGGUCACUUUGGUUUAACAUAUCAUAUGAGAAUUCACAGAUGAGUGGCAUUUAUUAUGUACAAUCUUUGAAAAAAUAUCAAAAGAAGCAGUUUAACAGGGCACGUGAGAAAUUACACAGGUAAGAAAAUCAUUCUCCUCGAUGUUUUGUCAAAGAAAAUCAGAAACAAAUCAUAUCACUUUUUCAAUUAUAAUGUGAUAAAGUGUAUUUGAAUAUAAGUCACUUGUCUGAUGCUACAUUUAUAAGUCUGGUCCUAUAAUAAAAAAAAUUCUACUCUGCUUCUAAAUUUAAACCUUGUGCAAAACAUGUCACAUUUAACAGAAUGGUCUACAGCCUGUGUUUGCAGAGAUGUAAGGUCAAUCAGAGUACAGUUUCUCAGCGUGUGCUUACAUGGUCGUAAAGCAUUCUUAGAACUUUAUUAUUCUUUGUGUGUGUGUAUGUUUGUCAAAGUGUGGGGCAUGAUGGUAAUUUACAGUGGGUGGGGAGAGCUGGGUCCUCUCCAGGCUGUAAGAGGGGUUAAAUGUCAGGAACCAAGAUGGAGCUGUUUUACGUCAUAUGAGGAUCUUUGUUCAUCACAGAGGCUCCUUCUUUUGGUGUACAUCUGUUACCUAUAAAGACAGGUGUUGUCUUACUAGGUGUGCGUUUGGGGAAUAAUGCACCUUGAAUGCUGUUUGCCUUGAAUAAAGACCAGUCUCUAUUUAAAGAGUAUCUUGCUUCUUGAUAAUUUUUCCUUGAUAAUCCACUUUUAUUUCUUUAGCAAAAUGCUUGUUAAAUUACUUUGUAAAUAAAAUUGGCCAUUGCACCAUUUUGUCCUGUCCUAUUGUUGUAGUGAUCCUACUGACUUGCUAGUGCCUGAUGUUGAGCGGCUUGUUAGAUGUUCAAGCUAAAAAGCCGCUCAAAAAGUACUCAUUCAAAUGCUUGAAUGAUUAAAGUUGUUUGGUGUUACCAACAGUCUGAUAGUUGAUUCACCUGUAAAGUUAGUCUUACUGUCUGAACCACAUUUUGUUGCACAUCUGAGUCCUGACAUUGUGACUAAACCUCAUGCUCGCAUAAACCACAAUUCUUAAUUUAAAAGUCCACUGUUAUGCGUUUUCAAAUUUAACUUCCAGUCGAGAUCAGUUAGAUGCUCCAAUAUCUAACUAAGAUCCUCUGCGUGUUCAUCUAAUAAGACAUUUUGAGCGUUCUAGCUGCUGGUCACAGCUGUAUUGUGUUUUUGCAGUGUGGAUUCACUGAUGUUUUAUUAGAGUUAAAUUGAAAACUGAUACACACUAGUCACAGCUAUAUGGUCUCUCUCCAGAGUGGAUCGGUUUGUGUGCCUUUAAAUAGAUUAAGAUUUUAAAUGUUGCUCUGCACUGAUCACAGCUAUAUGGUCUCACUCCAGUGUGGAUCCGUAUAUAUGGUCCAUUAAAUGUGUUUUGGUUUUAAAUGUAGCUCCACACCUAUUACAGCUGAAUGGCCUCUCUCCAGUAUGGAUCAGCAGAUGCUUCUUCAAAUAAGAUUGGGUUUUAAAAGCUGUUUCACACGGGUCACAACUGUAUGGUCUCUCUGAUGUUGAGUUAGAAAGUUUGGGUUUUAAAAGUGGCAACACACUGGCCACAGCUGAGUUUAUUUAUCAUGAGGCGUUCCUUUAGAUGGUAUAGUAAGGGAUCCAGUAGUCUAAUGAUGGUCUUCAUGUUCCUAAGAUUACAGAUGGGGAGAAAUAAAUGCUGUUUUAAACCUUUAUGUCUGAAACAAUGACCCCUUAUUCAUAUUAACAAGACAGAUCUGUAAGGCUGCAUUCCAUUUGGAGUUAAAACUCAGAAAUCU